AUGUCUGGCGCCGCACCCCUUGACCCGAUCAACCUAAACGGUACCGCUGACAAGGGAAAGAAAGUGGCAUACUUUUAUGAUUCGGAUGUCGGUAACUAUGCCUACGUCUCAGGGCAUCCCAUGAAGCCACACCGCAUACGAAUGGCACACAGUCUGGUAAUGAACUAUGGACUGUAUAAGAAAAUGGAAAUUUAUCGUGCCAAACCAGCUUCCAGAUUCGAAAUGACACAAUUCCACACCGACGAAUAUAUCGAGUUUCUAUCAAAAGUGACUCCAGACAAUAUGGAGAUCUACGCGAAGGAACAGAGCAAGUACAAUGUCGGAGAUGAUUGUCCAGUAUUCGAUGGAUUGUUCGAGUUCUGCGGUAUCAGCGCUGGAGGCAGUAUGGAAGGUGCGGCCCGCCUCAACCGCAAUAAGUGCGAUAUCGCAGUCAACUGGGCAGGAGGACUCCAUCAUGCGAAGAAGAGCGAGGCCAGUGGUUUCUGCUAUGUGAAUGAUAUCGUCCUGGGCAUCCUUGAGCUUCUACGAUUUAAGCAGCGUGUUUUAUACGUCGAUAUCGAUGUCCAUCACGGUGACGGUGUCGAGGAAGCCUUCUAUACUACAGAUCGCGUUAUGACCGUCUCCUUUCACAAGUAUGGCGAGUACUUCCCCGGUACUGGUGAGCUUCGCGAUGUCGGCGUCGGAUCAGGUAAAUAUUAUGCGGUCAACUUUCCUCUCCGUGAUGGAAUCGAUGAUAUUUCCUACAAGAGCAUAUUUGAGCCGGUCAUCAGCAACGUCAUGGAAUGGUAUCGGCCCGAGGCUGUUGUUCUUCAGUGCGGCGGAGAUAGUUUGUCUGGCGAUCGUCUUGGUUGCUUCAAUCUCAGUAUGAGAGGUCAUGCAAACUGUGUCAACUUUGUGAAGAGCUUCAAUUUGCCAACUUUGGUGGUGGGUGGUGGUGGUUACACUAUGCGCAACGUAGCCCGUACCUGGGCCUUCGAGACGGGUAUACUCUUGAACGAACAACUCGAUCCGCAAUUGCCCUACAAUGACUACUACGAGUACUUCUCGCCUGAUUACGAACUGGAUGUGCGCCCAUCGAAUAUGGAUAAUGCCAAUACCAAAGAAUACCUUGACAAAAUCCGGAGUCAGGUUAUCGAGAACCUUAAACGCACUGCCUUUGCGCCUUCCGUGCAGAUGACCGACGUUCCUCGCGAUCCGCUUGUGGACGGCUUAGACGACGAGGCGGACGCGAUUAUGGAUGAUCUCGAUGAAGACGAAAACAAGGACAAACGAUACACCAAACGUCGCUUUGACCAGUAUAUUGAAAAGACCGGCGAGCUUAGUGACAGUGAGGACGAAGAAGAACUUGCUGCCAACGGUGUUCGUCGGCAGCCCGGAGCAGUGCGACGGAGAAAUCAUGUCAGCCACCGUAACCUUGAUGUUGCGGACUCCGGUUUGGAGAGCGGCAUUGCGACACCCAGGGAACCGUCCGCAGUGCCUGACCAAGAUGAAGAGAUGGAUGUAGCAGCUGAUAGCGUGGCCGAGAAGCCUCGGACGUUGACGGUUCCAGAACCAGCAGAAUCAACACGCCAAACUUCGCCCGAAGCAGACGCAGGCUCAAAGAUCGAGGAGAAGCUAGCCGCAGAAGCCCAAGAGGCAGCUCGAGGACCUUCUACACAUGCCGAAUCACCGGUCUCCGCUCUAAUCGACGCACAUUCAGAUGUUGAUAUGGAAGAUACCACUACGGCAGCAGCUGAAACAGAAGCUGUUCCCUCAGGUGAGACCGGUGAACAACAGAAAACUCCUCCAGCUUCGCCUCCGGCUGCUGUUGCACCGGAACCCGAACCGGCGGCGCCUACCCCUGCUGCUGAUAAUACAGCCAAACCUGAGAAACCAGAAGCGACCCACGAACAAGAUAAAGCUAUCGAUGAGCCUAAACCCGAAGAAAAGGUUACGACGGAGGCGCCUACGAAGACCCAGGAAGAACCAGAAAAGCGAGCCAAAUCUGAAGUUAAAGAGCCGGAGAAGACUGAAGCAUAAUCGGGACUCUAAACAGGCGAAGGUCACCUCUUGAAUUUACUGGAGUCAGGGACGAAUAUAGGAAUGGUGUUCUUGGUUUUGAUGGUGUUUUGUUUUGGUCAUUGGAUGUCACCUUUUCAUCUGACAAUUGUCUCUCUGGGAAUCUGUUGUCAUCUUCCAUUUAUGUCUGUAUGUAUCAUUAAGCAUUGAAAUAAUAGCGCUAGAACAAUUUGUGCGCAC